AUGGGCAAUGAGACGAGAUACCACAAUGUUCUCUUUGUUGAGACACAAGCAGACGGAGGGGGACAAAUCUUUCAAGUCACUGGUGAUUUGGUCUCGGGUAUGGAAUAUGAAAACAAAUCAGGACAAAACCCAGAACUAUCCCGUACCUACCAUGCAAAGACAUACCUCGGACGUAUCCGCUACGAAGACUAUCCGGUGCGUUUGGACCAAGUCCUGCAGACAGUGCCGCCACCUCAUCGUCAGAGGGCAUUCAAUCCUAAGACCAUGGCCACUGAGCAAAUCAAACCGGACGGGUCAUUCUACGAAGUCAAUGAGGAGAAGCCACCGUACAUCAAAUGUACCGAA